UUAGACAGCUAGCAGGGAUAGUCCGGUAGAUAUUUAGUGUGGCCCGAUGUGAAGACGACCAUCACAUGUGGCAACCAAUGUUCAUGCAUGCAUGCUUCAUUGAUUGGUCAUAUGAUAUUAUUGUAUGUAUUUUCUGUGUGUAUAAAUAUAUAUGCCGGUUUACACUGUGUAUAACUUAUGUUGAGCAUUUGAAGAUGAACUCCGUUAAAAGAUUAACCGAAUCUUCUGAUCUCAAGUCCAUCCCUUCUAUCUACGCCUACUCCACAAACUCUAACGAGUACCCUGCUUCAGAUCCUCAAGAUUCGAUCCCCGUCAUUGAUUUUUCAUUGCUCACGUCCCCUGAUCCUACCCUACGGUGUCAAGUGAUCCAAGACCUUGAUAAAGCCUGCACUGAAUGGGGAUUUUUUCAGGUGAUUAAUCAUGGCGUUCCCGAGACUUUGAUGAACAUGGUUAUAAAAAAAUCGAGUGAAUUUUUUGAUCUGACAGAUGAAGAAAAGAAAGAUUUUGAGGAAAAGGAUGUUCGUGAUCCAAUCAGAUAUGGAACAAGCUUCAAUACUAAGAAGGAAAAGUUUUUUUGCUGGAGAGAUUUUCUGAAGCUUAUUGUACACCCGGAGUUUCACUCGCCUAACAAGCCCCUGGGGUUCAGUGAUGUUCUAUUCGAGUACACAAAAAGAACUAGAGAAGUAGCAAGGGGGUUACUUAGUGGGAUAUCAACGAGCCUAGGACUUGAUCACACUUGCAUAGAAAAAGCUUUAAAACUGGAAUCGAGUUUACAGAUAUGUAUUGUCAAUCUUUACCCCCCUUGCCCACAACCCGAUCUCGCAAUAGGGUUGCCACCUCAUUCGGAUCACGGCCUCCUUACAUUCCUCAUAGAAAAUGGCAUAGGCGGACUUCAAGUUAAGCACAAUGGUCAAUGGGUCGAUGUGAACAAUACUCUUCCCGGCUCGUUUCUAGUCAAUACUGCAGACCACCUUGAGAUUUUUAGUAAUGGGAGGUACAAAAGUGUGGAGCAUCGUGCGGUUGUAAAUAAUGCUUUCACAAGGAUAUCAGUGGCUGUAGCAAAUGGGCCGUCGCCAGAUACAGCAGUGAGGCCGGCUUACGAGUUGGUGGAUGAAGAAAGGUGUCCGGCGACAUUUGUUCCGAUGAAGUACAAGGAGUAUGUGGAAAUGCAACAAAGCAACAAACUGUACAGGAAAACUUGUUUGGACCAGGUUCGUGUAUGAAGAAUUAAUAAGUGUAUGUGUGUCCCAUGUGAUGUCAACGUUAGUGAGUGGUUGAUUUUUUCACGACACCCUGAUUUGUAUUUAUGCUAUUGUUUUUGUUGCAUAAAUUUUGUAUUUUGUUUUUUGGUAUGCAUACGUACUAAUGGCGUUUGGUUGGGGGAAAGAAUUGGACGGGACUAGAUUGACUUUC